ACAGAUGGUGCAGAGCUGCAGAUACCCAGUGUCGAUUUUUGGGCUCUGCUGCAAGCUGCUAUCUCGGAUGCCGACAGCAACUUCGCCCAAUAUUUUUGGGCGUGCAUCGACAAGAAUCCUCCGAGCCCCAGCUCGGCGUGGCGGCUGAUCCUCUAUACGGACGAGAUCGUGCCGGGUAAUCCUUUGGCAGUCCAGACGAAGAGAAAAAUCUGGGCUUGCUAUGCCUCGUUCGUAGAACUUGGAAGCUAUGCAUUGCAGCACGAGGAGUCGUGGCUAUGCAUAGGACUGCUCCGAUCCAGCCUGAUGGCCAAGGCCGAAGCAGGUGUCUCUCAAUGGAUCUCGAAAAUCCUGCGAGACAUAUUCAUGCGGCCGGCCAACCAUUUGGAGCACGGGUGCAUAUCGUUGCAGCGACCAGGAGGUCCGCCCGUCCUCUUCCGGGAAUGUAAUAGCACACGAUGUGAUAUCCUGCACAGCAGCGGGCUCCCCGUGGUCGGUUCCUCUGAGAUCCGAGAAAGUAAGCUUUCGCUUGCGACCGACCAAUCCAUCCACGAGGCCAUGGCUAAACUGGCAGAGAAGAAGAUGCUUCUGAAUGCUGCAGAUUUCAGCACGUGGCAGCAAGCCACCGGCUGGACUUAUAAUAGUUGUUCCCUGCUGCAACAAGAGGAUCAACGAUGGCUGGUCCGGCCGGUCUCACAGUAUUGCCACGACAGCAUGCACACCCUGCUGGUCUCCGGUGUCUUCCAGACAGUGACCUGGCUUGUUUUGGCAGCUUUGCAGAAGCAGUUUCCCAAUCUCUGGGAAAUCGCCGACGAGUACGUGGCCAAGUGGACCCUGCCCCGGAACAUCUCGGCCAAGCCCGAAGGGAUGCUGGGUCAGUCCCGAGCAAAAGCAUGCAAGGAAGCCGAGACCUUUAAAUGCACGGCCUCCGAAGGCUUGACACUGUCUCCAAUAUUGGCUUGUUUCUUCAGGCAGCUCGCCAGGGCAAAUGCAAAUGUUGAGGCAGUGCAAGCGAUCCAAUGUUUCUUGCAGCUGGACAAACUCGUGGCAUGCUGCCAGAGAGCUCGCAGUGAGGGAGCGGUUUCGCCCGGCCAGAUGAGAAAGCACGUUUCCGAUUUCUUGCAAGCAGUGCAUGCUGCUGAGUGGCAGGACCGCAUGCAUUCCAAGUUCCAUUGGCUUCUCCACUUCGGUUCGCACCUGGAAAAGUGGGGUUUCAUGGUUCAGUGCUACACUCACGAAAGAAAGCAUCGCACUAUCAAGAGAUUCGCCGAGGACAUCAAGAAGACUUCUGCUUACGAGCAGGGUCUUCUCCGAGAAGUUCUUGGACAAGAACUAUAUUGCUUGGCAAGAGCUGAUUGUUUCGCAGCGAUGCUGCAGUUGCAGGACCCGAAGCCAGCUUCUCGGAGGAAGGCGGCAGCACUUCGCAAAAUCAUUCCGGAGCUGACCUCGGCACAAGUGAUUCAUGUGGCAGAAAAAGUCAGGCUGCCCUCCGGGGAACGGAUAUGUCGUGGCGAUGCGGUGCUGCUUGAAGGGAACGGUUGCUUGGAGUGUGCCCUUGUCUGGGCAUUCGUGGAACUGGCAGGGCAAGCCUACAGUGUUGUGCAUUCCAUUUCUUCUCUGCUUUGCGAUGACCUCGUGGGGGAGUGCUCCUGCAUAGACAGCCUGCAUCUGCUGCCAUGCAGAGACUUUCUGUGUGCAUGCACAUGGAGAGGCCGACGACAAAUCAUCCUGCCUGCUUCCCUCCGAUGA